GGUGUGCGUCCCCUAACUCGUCGCGCCUUCAUUGCGCGCCUCACCUCUGCUGCCCGGGCUGCGGGUAUUGAUCCCAUUCAGGGACAUGGUAUACGCGUGGGUGGCACGCUGGAGUACCUCCUUCGUGGUGUACCCCUCGAUGUUGUCAAAUCGAAGGGGCGCUGGGCGGGUGAUUCCUUCUCCAUUUACCUUCGCAAGCAUGCGCAGGUCAUGGCGCCCUACAUGCAAGCUGUGCCCGAC